UUUGUUUUCGAUGAGUUGGGUAUUUGCUGAAUGAUCUUAUGCGCUUGCUGAAUUAUUUAGAGAUAAUACUCUUAAAAAUUGAUCUCCUAUUUAAGUAAAUAUGGAGAAAAAUAUUAAGCACAUCCUAGGCCCUUUAAAAUUAACCUAUACGUGAAUGGCAAUUUAAACGUAAUAGAAUAAAAAAGAAAUAUGACUGCCCACGAAGGUGCAGUUGAUCCAUCUGUGAUACUCAUUGCUGCUAGUGCUGUUGGAGUCACUACAAUCAUUGUAGCUUUCCUAGGAUGUAUGUGGUGUCGAAAUAAAUGGAAAAGGCUGACUCAAAGGCAUUAUCAAUUGUCUGAAUGUAAUCGAGGAACAUCCAUCCCUCCUCCCCAAAAUCUAACUGAAUUUACCAUCUUCCCACCUCCAUCAAGUAAUCAGUUCAGCCUUCCCACUGGUAUCAGUCCUGAUGAAGUUGUUUUUGAGCCACUUCCUGAAAUUCGCAGUCGAAUGCUUGCAUCUACAAGUGAAAACAUUCGACCAGCUCGCUUUACUGGCUCAUGUGAAAAGAUAUCACUUCAAGAUUGGUUUGAUGAAUAUCAAAUAAAUUUCCCAAGAAACCACCUGAAAUAUUUUAGAGAAGUUGGUCCAACAUGGUAUGGGCAAGCAGUUGAAGGAGAAGCUUGUAACAUUAAAGAAUCUGAAGAAACAACGAAAGUAGUGGUUAAAAUACUUAGAGUCGAUGCUACUUCAACAGAAUUGAUGCAGUAUUUGCAGGAAACACGUCCAUUUAGAGAUUUGCAACAUCCUAAUCUAUUGACUUUGCUGAAUCGGUGUCUGGAAGUUCAUCCAUUCUUACUCAUCAUGGAACAUUGUGUUAUGGACUUAAAAUCUUAUCUGAUAGAGCAACGUAAAUCGCCAGAGACGCUUCUGAAAAAUGGAAUAUUGCUACGUAUGGCUUGUAAUUUGACAUCUGCUCUUCAAUAUAUGCAUGAACGUGGUUAUAUUCAUAUGGAUGUUGCUGCUCACAAUUGCUUAGUUACUUCCGAUGGAAUUGUGAAGCUGGGAGAUUAUGGAACAGCUGUGCAUUUACAUAAAGCAGAUUUCUACUGCCUUGGUGAUGUUGCUUUUCCUAUCAGAUGGUGUGCACCUGAAACUUUAAUGUGCACAGAAAGUGUCAUCGAAGCAAAAGAUAUCACUAGAGAAGCCAAUAUAUGGUCAUUUGGUGUUGUUCUUUGGGAACUUUUAGAAUUUGGAAAAUUGCCAUAUGUGAACAUGAAUGAUAAUGAUGUUAUUCAGAAGGUUUUAAUAGAAUGCACUGUGAAACUGGAGCAACCAAAGACACCUUGUGUACACAAAGAUAUGAUAUACAAAAUCAUGCAAUUUUGUUGGUUGCCUGCAUCGUUGCGACCUACAAUCCAGAAGGUAUCAACUCUGCUUAGUUAUUUAUACGAUAACAGAGAUGUUGUUUCUGAGUGUGCCACCUUUGAAUCCCGCUGGAACACUCUCCAACCUGUUAUUCGUGAACAUAAUCUCCAGAAUGCCCCACCCCAUAUAUCCUUACGAUUUGAGAGUGACUUCAUGCCCAAGCGGGAAAAUGACCUCUCCAUAGACUGUGACAGCAUGAUGUCUUCUGAAUUUGAUCCUGGUGCUUACGGAGACAAAUCUCCAUCAAGUAGUUCUUUUUCCAUGGGGUAUGAGGGUGAACUUGCCCCCGACAUAUCUCCUAGUCUCCUGAAUUUGAGGGGAAGUGUAGAGGAUUUGAUUGUUGAUGAUGAAAUGAAUGGUGAACAGAGUAAUAGUGCUUGCACAUCUGAGCCACUAAGCUUAGAAACACUUCCUGCAGGUAGUGAAACAUCUGAUACAGAUGCCAUUCAAUUGAGAAUCACAGAAGCUAUCCAGGACUUGGAUACUAUCUUGGCAGAAGAAGUAACUUCCUCUGAGAAUUCCCAUUGCAAUACUCCUGAGAAAAAACCAGAGGGAUUGAUAAAACUAUUGGAUGCUGCCUCUGAAGUGAAUAAAUCAAAUGCUGAAAAUAGUGAAAAAUCCUGCAUUUUAACUUUAGACUCGGAGCAGGUUAAUGUGCCACAAUCUACUGAUGAACUUCAUAAAAACACUGUUGAAGACAUUAAAAUUAAUGUUGCUGAAACCACCUGAAAGCUAUGAUGCCAUGUAGAUUUUGUGUUGAAUGAUUCUUGCAUGUGUUCAUUCAAAAUCAUAUAUAUAUUUAAGUCCUUGCAUGGUUUGUAAUGUUAAACUCAAUGAAAUGUCAAUUUAUGUUAUUCGAGGAUGGUAUAUAAUAUUUUGCAUAGUCACAUGCACAGUAGUAUAAUACUCUUCAAAGUAUGAUUGUUUUUCACUCGUUUUUAUCUUUUAAAAGAGCACUAGAACUUGAAGUGUUUAAUUUAUUUUGUCGAAAUAUCGAAUUUAGUAUAUAUGCCUAGAAUUCUGUCAAUCUUUGAAAGAAUGAUUUUUUUUUCAAAGUAUUCUCGCCGGUUUUUAUUUUUUUCUGUAGUGGUUGUUUUAGUUUAAUUUAAGCUAACACAUGUAAAUUGUGAAUUGAUAAGUUUUUUGUAUGGAUGUUUGCAAAGUUUGUGGUAAUAUUAAUUGGUUAUCAUUUGAAUAAUAGGAAACAGCAUUUGAAAAUACUUUCUUUUUUACUGAUAUUUUUUGUUUAUUUUUAAAUGAUUACAGAGAGAUUUAUGAGACAGCUUGCAAAUAUUUUAUUGGUUUGUUUCAUUUCCAAAAAUAUUUUUAAAACCAUUUUCAUUAAUAUUUUUAUAACACAAAAUUAAACUCCAUAUAUUUUUAUAACACAAAGUUAAACUCACAUAUAUUUUUAUAACGCAAAGUUAAACUCUUAUAUAUAUAUAUUUAUAACACAAAAUUAUACUCGUAUAAAACCAAGCCGAAGAAUCGAUUCAUUUUGCUAAUGGUAUUAUAUAUGUCUUCUUAAUAUUCUAAUUUUUAAAUCAUACACUUAUUGUAUUUUGUAAUCUUAUAGAAAGUCAUAAGUACAAUUAUUGUGGAAUAAUUGAUAAGAAAUUUCUAAUUAUUGCAUUUGGAACUUAAUAUUAUAUUAAUAUGUAUAAGUAAAACUGUUGUGCUUUUGAAUUAAAUUGUAACUUCCAGUCUAUUUUGCAUGAAAGCUUAUUAUUCAUAUUCAGGGUUUGGAGUAAGAAUAAUUUUUCUUUUGAUAUAGAAAUUUUAACUUUAUUGUGCCUUAUGUUUUAUACUUCCAUCCCUUCCCUGUUUCUAAAUGUGAUUGUAAUUAAUUAAUAUUUCAGAGCGCACAUCCAUUUUUACUACAUUAAAGUUAGUGAAAAGCUAUUUUGAUCCAAAAUGUUUAGAUAAUUACUUUUAAUGGUUCUUCUUGAAUCUUUUUUACAUAGAAAUAAUUUAUAUUUUGGAUACAAAUACUUAUUUUUUAAAUUUAUUAUUAUUCUCACCAUUUAUCUCAAUUUCCAACCUCUACUGCUUACAUUUGUAUUCUGUCAUAUCUGUAGUAAAAAUGAAUAUGAAAUGCUAGCACUUGGAUAUGGUGAAUUAAAUACUUAUCCAGUUUAUUUUUUUAAUUGUUUUUGCUGUAUUGCUGCUCUAUUUCUUUUGUAGACUAUCCAUCCAGAAAGUAACACCUGCAGGUUAGUAGAACUUUUUAGUGAGAGAAAAAUGACAGGGUCUUAAAACUUUGAAUAUGUGUUUAAUGUUUAUUAUUAUUUUUGGUUCUUAAACAGAUAAUAAACCUUUUGCUCUUGUUUUAUAAUACUUAGAUAUUGUAGAUCUCUGAUAUGCCAUUCCAUCGCUAUUCUAUAAUUGAAAUACGAAUGCUGGUCAUUUGAUUUGCUCAUACUUCCUCUUACCCCCUCCUUAAAUGAUCAAAUAUUUUAUUUUUUUUAUUUCUUAAUAUGAUAUUGAAUAUAUUAUGUUAAUAUUAAAAAAAAGCACUAAAUUUUUUUAAACCUUUCCUCCUCCUUUUUGAAAGUAAAUGUUUGAUUGAAGUAAUGCAAUUUUUAGUUUCUGAAUUUAACUAAUGACCUGCCCUUAGACCACCUGUAUUUUUUAUUGUGAUUAAUUUGUUUGUUGCUGUGAUAAAACUAAUUAGCAUUCCUUGUCAUGUUUUAUCAGUAUACAUGUAUUGAAGAUUUAUUAUAUUGAAACCCAUACUAUUUUACUUGUGUUUUGGACGAACGAUUGUUUCUUUUAUAUGUAUUUAAAAAAAAUUUUUACAAAUGUUAUGAUGCCAGUGUAUUAUCUUCCACUCAACUUUUUAAAGAACAUAUCACAUAACUUUUGUAAAAUGCAAUUGCUCACACAUUGCUUUUAACAUUAAAAAAAUUUCAGAAUGAUUGAAAUUAUGAUCUUAAAAAAAUGUUGGUCUUUUGAGAUAUAUUGGAGAAGUUAUUUUUAUGCAGGAUAUGAUUAUUGAUAUCGUUUUUUGUAAGCUUAGAAAGUUGUGAUUCAUUGUUAAAUUAUUUGUUUUUGUUAGUGAAUAAAGGAGAGUUAUUUUUAUAAUAAUUGUUUUAUUG